GCAGAUAUGGCUUCCAGACAUUCAAUGAGAUCCUGUGAGAGGCCUUGCUGCAGGCAGUCGACCACUAGAGUGAAGAGAUAUUGGAGGAGUUUCUUCAGCAAAAUACGUGCAAGUACCAUCGAGGACAAGAAGCUGAAACUACCGGUGAAGUUUGUGAGGAAAUAUGGGGAUGAGCUUUCUGAUGUAGCUAAGCUCAUUGCACCUAAUGGCCUUAUUUGGGAAGUGGGUUUAACUAAAGGGGCGAUGAUCAUUUGGUUUGAUGAUGGCUGGCAUGAAUUUGUAGAAUAUUAUUCCAUCUGUAAUGGAUGGAUUUUAAUAUUCAACUAUAUGGGUAUGUCGAGUUUCAAUGUUUCUAUAUUCGAUGAGAGUGUUUUUGAGAUUGGAUAUCCAUGUUAUCAACCAAGAAGUAAGGAAGAACCUAGGAAACAGCCACUAUUCAAUGAGGAUGAAAUGAAACAUAAUGAUUUUGGUGGGAUUUUGGGUUCUAAUCCACAUCCAAGUUCAAGCAAAGGGGCAAGUUCCAAGAAAAGGAACUAUGCUACAACACAGCAGAAUCUGGCUAGACCUGUUUUUGGUUCUGGCAAUCUAGGAAUUAACAAGAGUUUCAAGGAUGCUGCUUCUGCAGAGAAACGGAAGUUUCAGCAAGAAUACCAGAAAAAGGGCGACAAUUGUGAGAUGGAAGACUUGCCCAAUGCAAAUGACUCGAACCUAGAUGGAAUUGACUCGUCACCAGGAUGUGAAGAAUUUAACAUCUUUACAAGUAAACAAUUUUAUGCAACAUUAUCAAAAAUAUCACCAGAAAGCAAGAAAGCGGUGGAUGCAGCAAUGGAGUGCAAGCCAAAAAAUCCAGCUUUCCUGGUUAUCUUGAGGCAACAUUUUGUAGGCGACAAUGCAAUGCAUGUGCCAUCAGCAUUUGCUAAGAGUUUUCUGCGUAAUAUUUCUGAGAUGAUCAAAGUUCAGGAUUCUAAUGGAGGAGAGUGGAUAAUCCAUACCGAUUGCUACUGGAGAGGUGGAUAUUUGAGUUUAAGAGGGGGCUGGGCUGAAUUUUUCAGUGACAAUGAAUUGGUGGUUGGAGAUGUAUGUCUAUUUGAGCUGAUUCGGAAGAAGAAUGUUGCCCUGAAAGUUUCAGUAUUUCAUGCUUUUAUGGAUUAAAUUUGUCUGCUUAAUAAGAAUAUGCGCAGUGGUUAUGUUCUUUUUGGUUCUGUUUGCUGAUAUGGAAUUGGAUCGUAGAUUUUGGUUACUCAAAAAGAUUGCUAAUCUGGGCCCUGACGUUUAAGUUUGCAGCAAUUGCUUUUGAGUGGAAACUACUUCUUUUGUGGGCUGGAUAUUUAACUUAUAGGUGCCUUGUAUUUCUUGCUUGGUAAUUUUCAUGUGAAUGCAGUUCUUGUUUUCACUCCCAUAUUCCAGUUGUUCAAUGAUAACAACUAAUAUCCCAUAUUUGAUGUGAAUGUAGUUCUUAAUCUAGGAAAUUUUGAUCCGUAAAUGAACUCCUUUUGAAUCACCUAAUUAAUAUUGAUAUCCCAAAUUACAGUUCUUGGGAAUGGAGGAAAUUGUUGAAUCUUAUAAACAACAUCUGAUUUGUCAUGUAAUUGGCAGCAGUAAGCACUUAGAUUACAGUUCCUGGUACCCAAAAUCCCAAAUAUGAAGUUUGAUCUUGUAAUUUGAAAUGUUAAUGGUAUAAACAAUAUGGAUGACUAGAAUCUUUUUCUUUUCUUUUUUAAAUUUCCUUUUGACCACAUUAAUCCAGGUUAAGUCUAUUCAUGUAAUAACAGUCCAGUUUGUUUCAUCACACUUAGGUCCAAAUAAUGCACCAGUUGAUUUAAAUUUGUGGUCAAUCUUCACUGCCUAUCCUUGGGGCUCGCAAUUUUUUCCCUUGGCUAGCAUUUAAGGGUGAACUAUCUUUAAUUCUUUACCUAGAAAGUAAGCUUAUCUAAUCUGCUUGUCAACCAUCCAUCUCAUAUGGACUUUAUCCAUCCCUUCCCAUACAAAAUCUCAAUUUCUUUCCCUCUUAUCAUCUUCAAUUACUGCUAACUUCACAAACACCAUAAGAAACAG